CAAUUUCGUAUAAAACACUCUGAAGAAACAUAAGGCUGCCCAAUAUCAUUCCUCCCCCAUUUCCCCCACCAUGCUCUUCAUUGCCUUCCCUAACAGUAAUUGAUGAGAAUAAGCAACCUUAGAUAUUCCUGAAUUGCACCCAGAACCACAGAAAAUCAAACAAGGAAGAACAGUUAUGGCGCGAAGCAGUAGUAAUAGGAGAAAAAUUGAUAUGGAGAACAAGGCGGGAGCAUUCUUCUUGGCGACUUUAGUGAUGUGGGGUGUCUCGGUUUUCUUCGAAAUUUCUUUCAAUAAGCGAAUUGAGCUUGUUCCAAUUCUUCUGGGCUUCGUUUUCUUCCAACUGGCCAACUGGAUCGUUCGCAAUUUUGUCUCGCGUGAUCCUGUGUUUGUUAACACGUGUGUUUCUCUCCUCCAUUCGUCAAUUACUUCUGCCUCUGUCGUAAUUAUUCUGCUCAAUCAGUGGACAACUAGUGGUCUAAACAAGAUGUUUGAACACUCACAGUUGGUCGAGGUUACUUGGCCAUGGGCAUACCAAGCUUUGUGCUUUUCAUGUGGUUAUUUUGCAUAUGAUCAGUGGGAUAUGUUGCAUUAUCGGCUGUACAGUGGUUGGAUCCCUUCAAUCCUAGUGCAUCAUCUAGUGCUCCUUGUUUGCUUCACUCUAGCAUUAUAUCGGAAAGUCACAAUCAACUAUCUUAUUCUCACUCUCAUUUGUGAGCUACAUUCGAUUUUUUUGCACGUUCGGAAAGUGCGACGAAUGGUUGGCGUUCGUGAUGCCCAGAGCAUAGUUGUGAAGAUAGAAUGGAUUCUUAACUGGUUGACCUUUGUCUUCGCAAGAUUCACGUCACAUGUUCUCAUCAUAAUCAAGCUACUCCAAGAUGCUCCCAAGUUUGGGAAGGGAAUCGAGCUUCCGCUUGCUUUCCUCGGAAUGGUGGGGAUGAAUUUUCUUAACAUCUCUCUUGGAAUUGAUCUCUUUAAGGCUUACAGGAGAGAGACAAGAACACAAACACAGAAUGAUCAUAGUAACCAUCAUGAAUGAUUGAUGUAAAUAUAGAUACUGUGUUCGGUAAGAUGGAUUGAAUAGCACUAGUGUGUCUUAAAAAGAAAAAAGAGGUUAAAUCUUGUUCGUACAUUAAAAGUUCAAUGAUUUAUUCUUUCAUUACAAGAAUGUUUACGCUAGGAAUGUCUUCCUACUUAAAUAUGUUGGAGUGUUGUACAUGAUAUCGUGUACUUUUUGCUCAAGUUGAAGAAGAAUAUUUUUGGGCUUUUGAUUAA